AUGGGUGGAGACAGUGGUUUGAAAUCGAGGGAAGUAUCAGCGAUGAUAAAGCAGGGUUUCAUACCCGACCCCACGCUCUCCUUCUCCCCUUCCAGAACCUUCUCUCCCCCACCCUCCUCAACUCGCCCGAGUCAAACUCACUCUCAGACUCAUCCCAACACGCAAACGCUCUUCGACAUGAUGUCGGACGAGCACAAAUUCUCCGACGACAAGCGCCGCAAGGCGCAAGAUCGGCUCUCCAAGCUCCUCCACGAACCCGCCUUGAGCGCUGGCGGCGACGUUCGGCUCACGGUGGUCGGGCGGGACGGCCUGAGAGUGUCGAUGGAGGUUCGGAAGAGCGUUCUGGCCGACAAGAGCCGGUUCUUCGCGGAGAAGCUUCAGUGCGACAGUGCCGUAUCCCACUCGGUGGAGAUCAGCGACUGCGACGACGUGGAAGUGUAUGUGGAAGCUGUGGUUUUGAUGCACUGCGAAGAUCUCAAGGCCAGGUUGCGCUCCAUGGGCGAAGGGGUUCCUAAAAUUCUGAGCUUGCUCAAGGUAUCAGCAGCUAUCAUGUUUGAUCUUGGGGUUGUGUCAUGCCUGGAAUAUUUGGAAUCUACUCCAUGGACAGAGGAUGAACAGGAGGAAGUGAUAUCUCAGCUAGAACAUCUGCAGAUUCAUGACUCUGCAACUGAAGUUCUUCAUAGGGUAUCAUCUGAUCCAUCUACGGCUAAUAGAUCUGAUGACAUCUUCUUGAACCUGAUUAGUGGUGUUCUACAAGCGAAAGACGACAAAGCUCGUAGGGAAAUGAAAGCAUUGUUAUCUAGAUUGCUUAAAGAGAAUGCAUCCAAUGACAGUAGCAGACUUGAUGUUUCCAAAGAUACACUUUAUCAUCUUUGUCACAAGUGCAUCACUUCUCUUCUCCUUUGCCUAUCCGAAGCAACCAGUGGUGAUGAGAGGACAGAUCGGGGAGUUAUAAUGAGCGACAUAACUCGUGAAGCUGACAAUAUUCAGUGGAUUCUUGACAUUUUGAUUGGAAGAAAGAUGGGUGAGGAAUUUGUGAAGAUAUGGGCUGAGCAAAAAGAACUCGCCACACUUCACUCCAAGGUUCCAACAGUUUACCGCCAUGAGAUCAGUAGAGUCACGGCACAACUGUGCAUUGGCAUUGGAAGGGGACACAUACUGGUGCCAAAAGAAAUUAGAUUUUCCUUGUUGUCAACAUGGCUAGAAGCUCUUUAUGAAGAUUUUGGAUGGAUGAAGAGAGCUUCUAGAGCCGUUGAUAGGAAAUUGGUUGAGGAUGGACUAAGCCAAACUAUAUUGACACUUCCUUUACUCCAGCAACAGGCUGUGUUGCUGAAUUGGUUUGAUAGAUUUCUUAAUAAAGGAGAUGACUGUCCUAAUAUUCAGAAGGCAUUUGAGAUUUGGUGGAGAAGAGCUUUCAUCAGACAGUAUUCAGCUGAGCCUGAUAAUUCCCAGUUGCAAAUAACACUCUCUGAUUACCACAGCUGA